AUGUUCACGUUCGCUGGCAAAGCAAAUGCGUUUUACUCUUGUCCUUGGCUGUUCCCGGAAGUGUGCGCCUUUACGCCGAGACCUGGACCUCAUGUCCAAGCCUACGGCCCUCAUGUCCAAGCCUACGGCCCUCAUGUCCAAGCCUACGGCCCUCAUGUCCAAGCCGACGACCCUCAUGUCCAAGCCGACGGCCCUCUAGUCCAAGCCGACGGCCCUCGCUGCCCACCUGACGACUCUGCGCCGGACCCUCUGCUGCGUUGGCACGACCGCUUGGCCUCGCUCCGAGGGGGCCUCGGACGGCGGCCUCGGACGGCGUCGAGCGCGCGCAUGCACGACGGUCAUUCCGCUCCCAGCCUGCCUCGCCCUCGACCCGUACGUGCCCGGCAGCAGGUGCGCCGUUCGUCGAUGGUUCGCACCGCUGCCGUGCCUCAUGAUCGCCUCGGGCCCGCCUCGCGUGUGCGCUGGCGGUCAGCCAGAGGAAUGGCGGCGCGAGCGUCCUCGUCGUCGUCGACGCAAGCUGCCGCCCCCAAGGCGCUCCGAGCUCAUCCGCGCAGCGUGCAGGCCGUCGUCACCGCCCGCGCCCACCCCGCCGCCGCCGACUUCCAUCAGGGGAACGGCGUGGGCGGCAGAGGCGGAGAGGAGAGGUGGCCGAGGGGAGAGGCGGUCGAUGAAAGCGGCGUGGCGCACGUCGGACGGGCCAUCGCUCGUCUCGACGCCGUCGUCAGGCCUGUCCUCGGUCUCGUGGACGGCGUGAGGUGGAUGAAUCAGGAAGCCCCUCGUCGGGAGGCAACGUUUGCCCUGCGAGAGGACACGACCGAGCACGCGGCCGGCCUCGUCGCUGGACACCGCUCCUGGGUGCCCGUCACCCACUCGCAUGAGGCCGCCGAGCCCUUUCGCAUCGCACUCUGGCCAGCCGAGCGAAGCAUGGGCGACAACCGCCGGUCAUGUGACGGACGGCCUGUCACGACGAGCCGAGAGGGUGGGAGGGUGUUGCGGCCGCCUCAUCCCGCUCUCGGCCGCCGCAGCAUGUGCUGUCCCUGCGACGGCGGCGGCACCGAAACCGACACCGCGAGGCGAGCCAAGGCAAAGCAGAGCAGAGCGAGGCGAGGCGAGGAGACGCAUGAUGAAAACGGCGCCAUCUCAUUCGGCCUCCCUUCCCUUCCCUUCCCUUCCCUACCCUUCCACUCUCCCGGCAGGCCGGCUCAGGGCAGAGCACGCACUCCGUUUUGCCCUUCGGCCGUGCUGGCGUCGGCGGCAAGAAAUUUCGAGGCCUCCUCGUGA